GGAUCGUGCGGCGCAGACACACCUUGACACUUGAGCGACCAUGCAGCCCUUCACCCGCUGUGUGCGCCUGCUGGGCGCCCGCGGCUUCGCCAGUCAUGCCAAGCCGCACGUGCACAUGCCAGAGACCGCCAUGAUCAGCAACAAUGGUACGCACCGAUUCGAGCGCAAAGGAUGGGAGUACUCGGCCUACAUGGGGAUGCUGGGCGGUCCCAUCGUGCUGUAUUUGGGCCUCACGAACGUCCCAGAGACGGACUCGGAGGUCUUCGCCAGAGAGGAGGCGCUGGCCAAACGCGCUGGUACGGAGUUCCUCGUGCGGCGUCCCAGUGGCCCUGAAAGCAAGCGCUACUCCUUCAAGUCCAGUGAGAUCGGCGAGCCGCCGGCUCUGGAGGAGGAGGAGGAGGAGGAGUAGAGACUUACACUGUUCUCCUAACGAUAGAGCAGCCGCACACACAAAGAUACAAAAGAAUUGCCUACUGAGGAUGUGGAGUCUGGACGGAAAGCGACUGGAGUAAGAGAGAAACAAACAAAUAAGUAGGGCACAAAGUGGCUCUGACUGCUUAAACGUGA